GACUCGGUUCUGUUGCUUUGGUGCACAUCGCUGCUCAUGGGAAUAUUGAAACCGGUGAAAUUGCCUUGGCGCCAAAUAGUACAUGUAGUGAGGUGGACUUCAUUUUGACAAUGAAAGAUGUAAAGCAGGUUCAGCUGCGAGCAAGCUUGGUUGUACUCAGUUGCUGCCAUAGUGCUCGUGGCGAAGUCAAAGCAGAGGGUGUUGUCGGCAUAGCACGGGCAUUCUUAGGUGCCGGUGCUCGUUCUGUUCUGGUGUCUUUGUGGGCGAUUGACGAUAAGGCCACUCUUGAGUUUAUGAAGAAUUUCUAUCAGCAUCUUGUGGCAGGAAAAAGUGCAAGUGAAGCCCUUAACCGGGCAAUGAACUGCAUGAGAGAAUCCACAGAAUUUAGCGAUGUAACUCACUGGGCGCCGUUUGUACUCAUUGGUGAUGACGUGACACUGGAAUUUGAUGGGAGCAAAUAG